AUGGCAACGGGAUCAUUCACUCUCAACACAGGAGCCAAAAUCCCCGCCGUAGGCUUCGGGACAUGGAAGGCAGCCCCGGGCGACGCAGCAGCGGCCGUGCAGGCAGCGUUUGAGGCUGGUUAUCGUCACUUUGACUGUGCCCCGCUCUAUGGCAACGAAGCCGAAAUCGGCCAAGUCUUCAAAAACACCAAGGUUCCAAGAUCGGAGUACUUCGUGACUACGAAGCUAUGGUCUUCCGACCACCGCCGUGUUGAAUCUGCCCUGGACAAAUCCCUCCGCGACCUGAACCUCGACUACGUCGACCUGUACCUCAUGCACUGGCCCGUGACGCUCGACCCAUCGCCCAAUGAUGAAAAUUACGGGAAGGAGGAUCGAACGGUGCACGCCGUCGGGUGGGACUUUCGCGAUACCUGGCGCGAGAUGGAGAAGUUGCUUUCCACCGGCAAGGUCAAGGCCAUCGGCGUUGCGAAUUUCUCGACGGUUAACUUGACCAAGUUAUUAGAGACUGCCAAGGUCGUUCCGGCCGUGAACCAGACGGAGAUCCAGCCGCUUCUUCCGCAGGAUAAGUUGCAUGCGUUCUGUCGCGACAAGGGCAUCCAUCAGACGGCGUUUGGGCCGUUGGGGGGGUCGGGGAGUACGUUGCAUGAACAUCCGGUUAUCGUGGAAAUUGCAAAGAGAAGAGUGGUUGAGGCGGGGAAUGUGAUGCUCUCUUGGGGGAUCCAAAAGGGGUGGAGUGUUAUUCCCAAGAGUACGAAUCCGGCGCGCAUUGCGAGGAAUUUGACGGGGAAUUUCGUCCUCUCCAGUGAGGAGAUGGAGGCGAUGGAUCGCUUGGCUUUACCCAAGGGGAAGAGGUUCAAUCGCCCGAAUUGGGGGACCGUUGUGUUUCAUGAUGAUGAGGAUGUGGAUUUGGAGUAA